AAUGGCUGAGCCACCUGCUUCCAGCCAAUGGCCGAGGGAUGAGGUGAGGGGAGUGAGAGGUCCCUUACUGCACUCGGACAUAACAUAACGGCGCUGGCCCUGCCCCUUCUCGAGAACUCGCUGAGAGCUGGGCUGGUAAAAUUGCAGUGCUGAGAACACUGGACGCGGUCUGCUACAAUGCUGCUGCUGCACAAAGCUGUGGUCCUCAGGCUCCAACAGGCCUGCAGACUCAAGUCAAUCCCCUCAAGGAUCUGCAUUCAGGCCUGCUCCACAAAUGAUUCAUUUCAGCCCCGGCGCCCCAGCCUCACCUUCUCUGGUGAUAACUCCAGCACCCAGGGAUGGAGAGUCAUGGGGACCCUAUUAGGUCUCGGGGCAGUGUUGGCCUAUCAGGACCGUCGGUGUAGGGCUGCUCAGGAGUCAACACACAUAUACACUAAGGAGGAAGUGAGUUCCCACACCAGCCCUGAGACUGGGAUCUGGGUGACGCUGGGCUCUGAGGUCUUUGAUGUCACGGAAUUUGUGGACCUACAUCCAGGGGGCCCUUCAAAGCUGAUGCUAGCAGCUGGGGGUCCCCUAGAGCCCUUCUGGGCCCUCUAUGGUGUUCACAACCAGUCCCAUGUGCGUGAGUUACUGGCUCAGUACAAGAUUGGGGAGCUGAACCCUGAAGACAAGGUAGCCCCCACCGUGGAGACCUCUGACCCUUAUGCUGAUGAUCCUGUACGUCACCCAGCCCUGAAGGUCAACAGCCAGCGGCCUUUUAAUGCAGAGCCCCCCCCUGAGCUGCUGACAGAAAACUACAUCACACCCAACCCUAUCUUCUUCACCCGGAACCAUCUGCCUGUACCUAACCUGGAUCCAGACACCUAUCGCUUACACGUAGUAGGAGCACCUGGGGGUCAGUCACUGUCUCUUUCCCUGGAUGACUUGCACAACUUUCCCAAGUACGAGAUCACAGUCACUCUGCAGUGUGCCGGCAACCGGCGCUCUGAGAUGACUCAGGUUAAAGAAGUAAAAGGUCUGGAGUGGAGAACAGGAGCCAUCAGCACUGCACGCUGGGCUGGGGCACGGCUCUGUGAUGUGUUAGCCCAGGCUGGCCACCAACUCUGUGAAACUGAGGCCCACGUCUGCUUUGAGGGACUGGACGCAGACCCUACUGGGACUGCCUAUGGAGCAUCCAUCCCUCUGGCUCGGGCCAUGGACCCUGAAGCUGAGGUCCUGCUGGCAUAUGAGAUGAAUGGGCAGCCUCUGCCACGUGACCACGGCUUCCCUGUGCGUGUGGUGGUUCCUGGAGUGGUGGGUGCCCGCCAUGUCAAAUGGCUGGGCAGAGUGAGUGUGCAGCCAGAGGAAAGUUACAGCCACUGGCAACGGCGGGAUUACAAAGGCUUCUCUCCAUCUGUGGACUGGGACACUGUAGAUUUUGACUCUGCUCCAUCCAUUCAGGAACUUCCUGUCCAGUCGGCCAUCACAGAGCCCCGGGAUGGAGAGACUGUAGAAUCAGGGGAGGUGACCAUCAAGGGCUAUGCAUGGAGUGGUGGUGGCAGGGCUGUGAUCCGGGUGGAUGUGUCUCUGGAUGGCGGCCUAACCUGGCAGGUGGCUAAGCUGGAUGGAGAGGAACAGCGCCCCAGGAAGGCCUGGGCAUGGCGUCUGUGGCAGUUGAAAGCCCCUGUGCCAGCUGGACAAAAGGAACUGAACAUUGUUUGUAAGGCUGUGGAUGAUGGUUACAACGUGCAGCCAGACACUGUGGCCCCCAUCUGGAACCUGCGAGGUGUUCUCAGCAAUGCCUGGCAUCGUGUCCAUGUCUAUGUCUCCCCAUGAGCAUGGAAAGGAACCACCUCCACCCCUUUCCCCACCCAUUAGCCUCACUGCUUCAGAAAAAUCUUUCCCACCUCUCAACUUCUUGGAUCACAACUCUGGCCUUCCUAAGCCAUACCCAAGUACACAUAUAGCACAUUUCACCCAAGGACCCUCCCUCCUUGGACACUAUGUUACAUACCCCUCUUGGCCUUUGAACCUGUGCCAGGAAGUGUGAGCUGUUACAGCAAGGGGCUACAAGUGAGAGAAGUAAUUCUGGAGUCAAGCACUAUUUUCUCUUCCUACCCCACCUCCAUUUCUAAUGCCUACUGCCAUCAAGGCCUUGUUUUGCUUUUCUUUUUGGAUUCUUCAGAGAAAUGUGUGUGGCAUGUGUAACAAAAGUGUAUAUACUAUUUUAUACUACCUCUCCAGGUUGCCAGAGAGUUGUGAGGACAGCAAGGGGCACAACCGUCUCCCUUUAUAGUUCUACUUUUCUAAUAAAUAGUCUGUUUAAGAUCAUAA